UCCCUCUCAAAAUCUUUCACAUACAUACAUACAAUUUCCUCAAAUCAACACUCUACUUCUUCUCUGGUUCCCGUUUUUGCAGUGGGCUCGGGAAAGUCGCUUUUCCUCCCUUUGUUUCACUUGUCACCCUCCCUGCCCCUCACCCACCAAAAUUCUAAUCAUCACCAUACACCCGGUAGUGCCAGUGAUAGACUUGUUUAAAGAAAGAGAAAAACCAUUCAACCCGAAAAAUAAACAGCACAAAGGUCAAAUAACAAUGUAAGGGCUGUCACAAGGCAGGACACUGUGCCAACAACUGAUGCUUUGAUCUGGACAGGUGGAGAGAUAUGGUUGUGGCUGGAGUGUUCCUGAGGGCCUAGUGAAGAUGGAGGACUUGAGCUGGUCCUGCAGGCCCCGGGGGGCUGUGGUUCGCAAGCUGUGGAAAUUCAUGCGAAGGGGGUGUUGGAGUAAAGUCAUGUGUGGUCAGAGGCAGGGUCCAGGAGGUCCCUGUGACUUGGAUCCUCAUUCAGAGAUGGAGAUAUCAGGUUCAUCUUCUACCAUUUCUGAGCAGCAGCAGCGGGAGAGGCAAGAGGGUCUGAGUGAUACCAGAAAAGACCUGGCCAAGCAGAGUCUCAUCUCAUCCGAGGAAUGGCUUCAACUGCAUGGGCUUAAGAGCAACAAAUUGACCUUGAAACAGGUUUUGUCGCAGAUUGGAUUCCCACAUUGUGAAGAUUAUGUGACUUCUCUGGGGAGACCUGUGGCUUCCCGGUACGCCGAUGGCUUGUUUCCUCGGACCUGCAGAACAGAAGACGGAAGGGUAUAUAAUUUGACAGCCAAAUCAGAACUACUCCAUCAGUUUGUGGAACAUUUAACACAGGCUGUGGAGAGGUACAAGCUGCGGAUGGACUGGCUCACCAGCAAAAGCCGGCAGAUUUUUGGUGUCAUCUUGGAACAGUGCAUCACCAUAGUGCUGGAUUUUGGCAACAUGCUGGAGGAGGAACUUAAUCUGUGCCGAGAUGCUCUAAUCAUGGUCCUCCAGGAGCAGGUGGCUCACAUAGCCAAGUUCAAUAUCAUAUGGGUUUCUCAAGAGCCUGUGAAAUGGCAGGAAAAUGCUGUUCCUGUGACGGAACAAUCCCUAGCCGCUGCCAUCAGCUGGAUUGAGAAGCUGCCUUUUGCUCUGGCCGUGAGCCAGACUAGCCGCCUGGACGCUUUGCUUGAGGCUGGGAAAGACGAAAGCAUUGAAUCCAUUUACUACUUUGUGGUGGGGGACAUUCCAGAGGAAUCCAAGGAGCUUCUCCUUCAGAGGGCUUUGGAGACUCCACAUCCUGUCUGCACAGUGUCCUUCAAUGCCAGAGGAGAGGGCACAAUAGCUUUCUUAAAGGACCUGAGUGCCAAGACCCGCAGCAGAUUCCACGCAUUUGCAGAGAGAACAGAGUGUGUGGAAUUUCCUGCAUCCCCCGCUAAGGAUGGUGACAGUGCAAUUACUUGGAAUUCAAGAAAACUGAAAGGAAAACUCCCUCCUGGAGCUGGGGUCAGAGAGGAUGUGUUUCUCAUCUGGAGGGAGAUGGAGGAGGCCAGUAGCACGCUGGCCCAGAUCCAGAGGCUGGUGGCUGAGCCUCCCAAGACCGACAUGGCCACAGCAGACCGUGGAGCAACCUCUGUUGAAAAUGAGUCAAAUCCAGAGGACACCUGGGACUCUGAGAAGUGGCUACAGAAGUAUGGUUUGAAAGCCCAGAAGCUGUCAUUUUAUGAUGUCAUCGCUGACUGCGCCUUCCGCCAUGCUGAUGGAGUUGUCGAUAUAAAAGCCAAACCAGAGGACGAAUCCCUGCAGACCAGUGCGGAGACCAACAAGAAGACAGUCCAUGCGAAAUACUGCAGCAGAUUUGUCCACGCUCCCUGGAAGGAUGGGAGCUUGGUCCACGUCUGCAUUACCAAGGAGAAGUGCAUGUGGUACAGUGAGAGAAUUCACGCGGUCCUGGCCCGGAUCCAGAGGAGAAUUAAGUGGCUACAGGAUGGGAGUCAACUCCUCUUUGGAAAAGUGCGUAGUGAUUAUGUCUACAUUCUCAUAGACACGUCUCACUCCAUGAAGGCAAAACUGGAGCUGGUGAAGGACAAGAUCAUCCAGCUCAUCCAGGAACAGCUGAAAUAUAAAAGGAAAUUUAAUUUUGUGCAGUUUGAUGCUCAAGCCAUUGCUUGGCGGGAAAAACUUGUUGAAAUCAAUGAGGAUACUUUGAAAGGGGCCCAGGCCUGGGUUAGAGACAUGAAGAUUGGAAGUUCCACAGACACCCUGAAUGCCCUGCAGAUUGCUUUUGCUGAUAAAGAAACACAAGUAAUCUACCUUCUGACAGAUGGGAGACCUGAUCAGCCACCUGAAAUGGUUUUAGAUCAAGUCAAAGUUUUUCAGAAAAUUCCAAUUUAUACCAUCUCCUUCUGUUACAAUGAUGAGAUUGCAAAUGGGUUUUUGAAAGAGCUUGCAUCUUUGACUGGAGGAGAGUUCCAUGCUGACCGUUUUGGCUGCAAGGAUCCCUGUCCACCAGAGGCUGUUCAGAGCUUCAAAGCUUUGGAGAAGGCAUGUCUGGGAAAAUACUCAGGCAUUUUGGGGAUCCCUCCUGGCCCAAGAUCUUCACCAGAAUGGCUCACCAUGAUCUGGCAUCAAAAAGAAAUCUUUUCUAUGGCUUCAACCCCAGAAAAAUGUGCAAAACCUCGUUCUGAUGUCGAAUCAACAAGAAUGUCAUCCCCAGAUAUGUCGAAAGUAAUAGAGGACCUUUCAAGUCAAAAGAUUCAGAAAAAGAAAGUUCUCCACGCAGAACCAACCAAAACCAGCCUGCUCAGAAGUCAGAUGUCUGCCCUUAGAAGCUCAGUUUGCAGUGGGAGGAAGGAUGGCCCAUCUGAUGCCGGCAGGAACAUGCCAGGUGACAAAGAAAUGGGCCUCCUGCUGACAAAUGAGUUUCCCGAUGACAAGACAUUAGAGAGAUUGACCCGAGAAGGAAGCCAAGUUUCUGACCAAGAUUCUUCAGAGAUGUCUUCAGCAGACUGGCUCAAGACCCAUGGCUUGGCCGCCAAGAAGCUCACCAUCAUGGAUGCUUUGUCAGUGACAGCGGUCCCCCACAACCCCACCUACGUCCCCAUCCUCGACAAGCAUGUCGUUUCCAAGGUCUUUGAUGAGGUCUUUCCUCUGGCACAUGUGUGCAAUGACACAAAUAAGGUGACUUUAAUUAACCCCCAAGGAGUGAAGCUGGAUAUCUACAAGCAAAAAGUGGAGCAGGCAAUUAAGUCCUAUGAAAAGCGCUUGAAUAAAAUUGUUUGGAGAGCAUUAUCUCAAGAAGAAAAAGAAAAGUUAGAUGCAAACAAACCAAUGCGGUACUUGGAAAACAAGGCAACUUUAAACGAGGCGUUAGAACGGUUGAAUUGGCCCAUUUCAUUGAAGGAGCUGUCAGUGCUAGAGAAUGAAAUCCUAGCUGGGAAAAUGUACGUGCAGCAGGCCAUGGAGCUCCAGGAGGCUGCCAAGAAGGAGAAUCACCAACAGAAAAGUCAAGGAACUCCAACAAAGAAAAUCAAAUCCAAAAAACUGGAUCCACUCAAAGGCCAGAAGGUGAUUGCAAGAUGUGAUGAAAAUGGCUUUUAUUUUCCAGGGGUUGUGAAGAAGUGUGUGAGCCCCACCCUUGCGCUCGUGGGCUUCCGGUAUGGAGACACCAAGGUCGUGCCCAUCUCAUUCAUCACGCCUGUAGGGGGUGCCAUGCCCUGCCCACUGCUCCAGGUUGGUGAUUACGUGUUUGCCAAAAUUGUGGUACCCAAAGGAUUUGAUUUCUAUGUCCCCGCCAUUGUCAUAGCCCUUCCAAACCAGGAUGCAGCUGAAGAUAAAUUCUACACAGUUUUAAAGUGUAACAACCGGAGAGAAUUUUGCCCUCGGAGUGCACUUAUCAAGAUCAGCCAAAACAAAUAUGCUCUCUCUUGCUCUCAAAUAAAAUCACCUCCAAUUCUGGAAGAUUCAAAAGUGGAAGACAUGGACAUGAGAAACUCUACUUUACCAGUAUGGCCAAUCCAAGAAGCUGACACUGGGGAUUCACAAGCACUAAAACAGGAGAACCCUAGAAGGAAGAAAAAGAAAGCUGCCAAGAGGCUGCCUCUCCAGGAGAUGGCAUCCUCGGACUCGGACGACUCUUCCCGUGGCAACAGGUCCCGAGAGUCCUGCCCCAAGAGACACGUCAAGCCCAAGGCGGGAGGGGGACGACAUCGUUUUCUCCGGAGCACCCUGAGACCUCUCCCGGGGGUAGUGCACACGCGGUCACUGCCCAGGUUCCGGGCCAGCUUAGGCCACACCACGGCAAAAACUCUAACACCCUUAAGUAACGCUAACAUCCACUUCCCAGAGAAGGUCCUCGGCCCUGGGGUCUAGGAGUCAACCAGCUACACCAUCGCUGCCACGCCUCCACCUGGAGCAGUCCCACCCUGCCCUUGUAAAGCAGCAAAGGGCUGAGGAGCAUCGCUGGGAAAGCUUAAAGCAGCUGGUGGCAACCAUGUAGGAGAGAGCCAGUGUCCCUCCAGGGCUGCCUCAGCCACCGGACACUGUGGGACUAGCCCCUCUGCUGAGGUAAGGCCGCCCUCCCCCCGCCCUCCCCGCCCCGGUUGCAGCACAGGCAGACUUCCGUGCCGCCCUCCACCCGGACCCCCUGCCUGUUUGAGCUUAGUGGUUCUGGCUUUUCCGGACCAUUCUUUAUCCCGUUCUUCUCCCUGUCCUCACGGAACUGUACUCAGUCUUCCGGUAAACUCCCCACGCCACCCUGGAAGUUUGAGCUGACAGAUUACUGUCAUGGGAUUUUUAAAUUUUUUGAAAUCUGUAGUUCUAAUCUUGAAAUGAUGUAGUUCCAAUCCAAGCCUGCCAUCUAAUUUUAAAUUGAGUAUCUCAUCUGAAUUAGGAAUUUUAUCAUUUAAUGUUAGGACUGAAAUUAAGUCCUAGUAACUUUUCUGAGAGCUGCAAGGCUGAACGUUACCUAUCUUACUGUUUUCUGGAAAUUUUUAUUGAGCCGUCCCUAAUUAUUUUUGUCUCUAGUCUGUUGUAGGUCCCUCUAAUUGAGCGUGGAAGCAGAAUAAAAGCUCUUACA